AUGGGAAAGAGACCUGGUGAAACUGCGUCUCAAUAUGAGAAGCAUAUAUUGUUUGUUCAUCCUUCUGGGCAUUCAUUGACAUCUUCUCCUUUGGAUGGCACAAACUUUCUGAGGCGCGUUAAUCUGAUAGUGACAUCAUGGACAUGGAAUUCCAUGUCCAAGGACAUGGUGGAAUCAUUCAUUCAUUUUAAUACUUCGAGAGGACUGUGGCUCGCGAUAAAGGCAAGGUAUGGGUGGAGUAACGGGCCGUUAAUUUACCAGUUACAGAGGGAAUUGUCUUCAAUGGUACAACAAGAUUUAAGUCUUACAGCAUAUCUAACAAACGUGACAAAGCUCUGGAAUGAGCUCAAUUGUUUGGCACCUGCACCGAAGUGUAAGUGUGGACAUUGUACUCGUGGUAUUAACAAAGAAAUUGAUGAACUCACUUCAUUGACUCAACUAAUGCAAUUUCUUAUGGGCGUUUAUGAAACCUUUAACAACGAAGGAAGUCAGAUACUUAUGCUUGAUCGACUACCCAGUGUGGAAAAGGCUUUCUCUAUGCUUUACACAGUUGAACAACAAAGAGCAAUACAAACAUCUACAAAGAUAAGUACAAGCAAUGUGGCCUAUCAACUGACUAUGAAAGGAACUAAGAGAGAUGAUGAUAAGUAUGUGCAGAAAAAGAAGUUCAUUGCAGAUAAAGGGAAUUUCCUAUGCAAACAUUGUCGAAGACUAGGACAUGGAAAAGAUACAUAUUUUCAAUUGCAUGGCAUAUGUGACUGGUAUAUAUCUCUGAAUGAGCGAAGGAAGAACGGGAGAGCUUUUGCUGCCAAUGUCGAUGUCAAAAGUGAACGUAUGCAGGGCACUUCUAUGGGAAAUGAAUUGAUUAAGCUGCUGCAGAAGGCAAACACUCCCUCAAAUCCCAUUACCAGCUAUGCAAAGGCUUUGCACAAUUCGACGAGGAGUUUGCAGGAGGUCUUGGUGGAUGAGAUCGAGAAGAUGGAAGAAGGCAAGGCCAAUUGA